AUGGGCACUGCACAAUCGAUCUCGUGUAUCGAGACUAACGAAAAAGAUCUCAGCGUCUACUUGACACCUCGACAGAUCAGCUUAGUUCAGGAAACUUGGCACCAAAUUAACGAUGAUUUACCAAAACUUGGACUUCUUAUAUUCCUCAAGUUUUUCCAGACCGAGCCCGAGAUGAAGUCUCUGUUUCCGAAGAUCAUCAAGAUGAACGAGUCCAACCAGCUGGAGUGGGACAUCGACAACGAGAUGCUCACGAAGCACGCCGUUACGGUGCUCGAGGGGCUGGGCGCCGCCGUGGAGAACCUCGACGACUCAGACUUUCUCAACAGCGUCCUCAUCUCCAUCGGCCAGACGCACGUCAAGAGAAACGUGAAACCGCAGAUGCUCAAGAAACUGUGGCCAUCUUUGCAGCACGGACUGAGGGUGACGUUGGGUGACAGGUACACCAAGGAGGUGAACGAGUCGUGGAAGCGGGUCUACCAGUACAUCGGCAUCCAGAUGCGGAAGGGGAUGGAAAAUCCGGAUGCGGAGUUCAACGAAAAUAUUGUAACAUAA